CAGACAAUAGAGCUGUGAGCGCGGGAAACAGAGCUGAGGUCAGGGGGUGAGCGGAAGCUGGGAGGCGUGGCUAGAGGGGGAAGGCUGGUAUAAGAAGGGCUCCCGGCGCGGGGGAUACAAGCUGCCAUCUUCUCUCUUCACUCAGCGGGCUCCCUUGCAAGCAAAGAACGUCCAAGCAUGGCCGAGGAGACAGUGCCAGUCCCAGUGGAGGCCGAGAAAAUGGAGGAAACUGCAGCACCCUCAACAUCUGCUGAACAAGUUGAAGGGGUUGAGGAUGUGGACAACGAAGCAAAGAAACUCAUGGGAGCUGGUAGGAGACACAUGGUCAUGAAGGACAUCCGUUCUGCAGUGAAUGCCUUUCAGGAGGCCAGCAGCGUUCUAGGGAAGAAAUAUGGUGAGACUGCAGAUGAGUGUGCAGAUGCCUUUUUCUCCUAUGGGAUGGCUCUCCUGGAGCUGGCACGAAUGGAAAAUGGUGUCCUGGGAAAUGCCUUGGAAGGGAUGCCAGAUGAUGAAGAGGAAGAUGGUGAGAAGGAGGAAGACCCCAAUAUUCCCAGUGCUGCUAACUUGGAUGAGGGAGAAGAUGCUGAAUCUGAAGAGGGCGAGGACAAUGAAGGAACUGAAGAGAAGGAGAAUGAUGAGGACGAUGUUGGCAAUCUGCAACUGGCCUGGGAGAUGCUGGACCUGUCAAAGAUUAUCUUCAAGAGGCAACCGAACAAGGAGGCCCAGCUAAAGGCUGCACAAGCUCAUCUGAAGCUUGGAGAAGUCAGUGUAGAGUCAGAGAACUAUGGCCAGGCGAUAGAAGACUUCCUUGCAUGUCUGAACAUCCAGAAGGAGCACUUGGAGAAGCAUGACAGACUCCUUGCUGAGACCCACUACCAGCUAGGCCUGGCCUACCAGUACAGCAGCAAGCAUGACAGUGCCAUAUCCCACUUCACCCAGUCCACUGAUGUCAUAGAGAAGAGAGAGGCUUUGCUCACAGAACAAUUAGGAAAGGCAGCCGGUGAAUCCACCAAGGAACUUCAGAAGGAGAUGGAUGAAUUGAAAGGACUGCUUCCAGACAUCCGGGAGAAGAUUGAAGACUCCAAAGAAGCGCAGAAAACCUCAGAAGUAACGGAAAAGGCACUUAAAGAGACUCUGGCUGGAGGGUCAUCAGGCUUCUCUAAAGAAAAUGGAAGCACCUCAUCUUCUGCACCACCUGCUCCAGUAGAAAAGAGUGGGGACAGCACUGUACCUGUUACGAACUGUGUAUCUGACAUUUCACACCUUGUGAGGAAGAAGAGGAAACCCGAGGAGGAGAGUCCACUGAAAGAAGCCAAGAAAGCAAAGGCGGAGCCUGUAGCGAACGGAUCUGGGGAUGCUGUGGUGCCGACAAAUGAGGAAGCUGAAAAGGCAGAAGAGGCAGAGAAGCAGACACCGAAGGAGACACCAAUGGAAACCGCAGCCGUGGAGAGUUCUGCGUGAUGCAGAUACACCCCCCCCCCUCCCCCCAAAGGGACUUUUGUAUAUAAGUGUAUUUUUUCCACUUUUGUUCUAAGCAACUUUUUGUAAAGCAAAAUAAAGGUUACG